AUGACUUCUUCACCUCCUACGAUUAGAAAAGAAUCAAGAAGACCUUCCUCUUCCGAUAUCAGGAUAAACACAAGAAAAACUUCUUGUUCUAGCGAUUUAUCAACGUUAGAAACAAUACUAUCAACAUUUCAAUUAGCGCAACCGCCAACUCCAAAUUCUACUGCUGGUAGUUUAUCAAGCAUUCCUGAAUCACAAACAUCGCCAUUAAUUCUAGCUGUUCAAUGUGCCAGAAUUUUAUUGAAACAACCAAACAUUAACGAUACAAUACCUAAUUAUGAUGAUAAAAAACCUAUUGAUCUAGCUAGAAAUCAAGAAAUAAUAGAGUUAUUUAAUGCAAAUAAACAAGAAUUUAUUGAGGAAUCAACUUCAUUGUUUCGACAAUAUGUUUCAGAUUCAAACUAUAUAGCAAUACAAAAUUUAUUUCAAAAUCCAAGAGUCAGUGCUUUAAUUGAUAUAAACCUUCAAAAUCCUUCAAAUGGCACAACCUUACUGCAUGAUGCGACCAAAAAAAAAAAUUUGGAGAUGGUCAAAUUUUGCUUAGAUAAUGGUGCAGAUGUAACCGUCAGGGAUCGUAAAGGCAAAACACCAAUUGAUGUUGCUAAAGAUGAUAAAAUUAAAAACUUAUUAAAACAAGUUAAACCAACAAUUGAAUUAGAGAUUUCAACUUCACCAGAUCAUCCACCAAAAUUAAAAGGAUACUUACAUAAAUGGACAAAUUAUGCCGGAGGUUAUAAGAUCAGAUGGUUUGUACUUGAAAAUGGUGAUGCAGGUAAUUCGUGUCGUGGCUCAAUUAAUAUGAAAAUAGCAAAAAUUUCUAAAGAUACAUCAGAUACACAAAGGUUUGUUAUAAUUGGUAAAGGUUCUGUAAGAUAUCAUUUAAGAGCAAAUACUCCAUUAGAAGCAAAAGAAUGGAUAGCUGCAUUAGAACAAUCAAUACAAUGGGAGGAUAAUAAUAAUACUACGAAUAGGUCAAUUACAAUAGAUGACAAAGCCUCUAUUUCACUUGUAUCACGUGAAAGUAACAGAGAUGAAGAUUUAAGGAUUGGACGCAAUUUACACAGGGAUGAUCAAAGCAAUAUAGAGAAAGGCGAAGAAAAUAAUUAUAUGGGUGAACAUUCUAGAUCAUCAUCAAAUGAUUCAAGUGAAAUUGAUAAGUUACCAUACGAAAAUACCUACCAUUUGACUAUAAGUUCAGUUAGAACACAAUUCGAUUUACAAAAUCGAUUAUUUGAAUCUUUAGUUGAUUUAUUAAGGCAGUCUUCCACAGAAAAAGAUUCAAAAGAAUCAAAACUUAUAGAGGCUUUUGCGAAAUCUUUACAAACAUUACAAGAUUUGUUAAAUGAUACACUUAAAAUGUCAGAAGAAAGAGAUAACUAUUGGCAGAAAAAAUUAGGUAAAGAAUUAGAAGCUAAAAAGUUAUGGGAAGAAAGCAUGGAAGCUUUAGCAAUUGAAAAAACUGAAAUGGAAACAGUAAUACAAAAUAAUGCAAAGGAAGAAAAAAUAAUGAAAAAACAUUUAAAAGCAGCUAUUAUUGCUGAAAGUCUAGUUAACUCACCAACUAGUCCUAAAUUUUCAAACUUAUCAUCAAAUUCUAAAGAACCUGUUUCGCCUAAUAAACCUCAAGAUGGUUUAAUUGAUAAAGAUGCUGAAAAGAAAGAGGAGCAACUUUCAUUGGCAGACAUAUACGAUUCUGAAGAUGAAUUUUACGACGCUUUUGAUGGCGGACCAAUUUUAGAAGGGGUCGAACCAAGCAUUAUUACCAAUCCAACCGAAGAUAAUCUCUCGUCAACUUUUGGAAAAAAUGCCUCAUUAUCCAAAGAUGUUCAGCCAACGUAUAUAUCUGAUUCAUACAAUGGGUAUCCCGAUCAUGCUAGAACAAAAUUUUCACUAGAUAAAGGCUUUUCAAAACCUGAAGUUUCAUUAUGGUCAAUAUUAAAAAAUUCUAUUGGCAAAGAUUUAAGUAAUAUCGCUUUACCUGUCUAUUUUAAUGAGCCAACUUCUAUGCUACAGCGUAUGUCUGAAGACAUGGAGUAUAGUGAAUUAUUAGAUCUUGCAGCUAUACAGAAAGGUAGCACUGAGAGAAUUUUAUUUGUUGCUGCCUUUGCUAUGAGCAAUUACUCUAGUACCGUUGGUAGAAUUGCAAAGCCAUUCAAUCCCUUAUUGGGAGAGACUUAUGAGUAUGUUCAUCCAGAUAAAUCCUUUAGGUAUGUGUCGGAACAAGUCAGCCAUCAUCCACCAAUUAGUACAUGUCAUUGUGAAUCACCCAAUUAUGAUUUUUUUUCUGAGGUGGACGUAAAAUCAAAAUUUUGGGGAAAAUCAUUUGAGGCAUUACCACAAGGAGUAUCACAUGCGAGACUAAAAGUUUUAAAGGAAUACUUUCCUACAUAUACAAACAAGUCAGCUGAAGACUUUCCAGCAAAUGGUAAUCCCAAAGCAUUUUCUGAACAUUAUUCAUGGAAAAAAGUUACAACAUCUGUAAAUAAUUUAAUGAUUGGUAAACCGUGGUUUGACCAUUAUGGUGAUAUGACUAUAACAAAUCAUUUGACAGGAGAUCAGUGUAUUUUAACUUUUAAAGCCAGGGGUUGGAGAGGCAAAGAUGCGUUUGAGAUUAGAGGUGUUGUGAAAGAUAAAGAUGACAAAGGAAUUUGGGAGAUUGCAGGUAGAUGGAAUGAAAGGUUGGUUGCAAGAAGAAUAAUUUUAAGUCCUUCGACACAUGAAGAGGAUUUGGGAAGUGAUGCAGCGGCCUCAAAAGCUAAAUUAGUACAUGAAUUGUCACCAACAUUUAAACUCGAAUCACCAAUACAGACAUCACCAAUUUCAACCACCCAACCACAACGAAGACCAAUUGUAUUGUUAUGGGAAAAGCAUCCAGCACCUGAAGAACCUUUACCAUUUAACUUAACACCAUAUGCAAUGACAUUAAAUGAUUUACCCAGUUCAUUGAAAAUAUGGAUAGCACCUACAGAUUCAAGAUUGAGGCCUGAUCAAAGAUCAAUGGAGUUAGGUGAUUAUGAAUCUGCAAGUUUGGAAAAAAAUAGAUUAGAGGAGAAACAAAGAGAAAAAAGAAAAUUAAGAGAAGCUGGUUCUAUUCCAGAAUUUCAACCUAGGUGGUUUACUAAAGAAAUUGAAGAGGACACCGGUGAAAAAUAUUGGAAAUUCAAUCAUGAAUAUUGGAAAGAAAGAGAACGUGUCGUUAGAGAAAAGAUUCAAGGCAUUGGAGAUUCUAAAUGGAAUAUUGAUGAUGAUGAUAUUUUUUAG